AUGCCAGAUAACAACAUUCAUGGUGCCUUCUAUGGUGACAAUUGUCCCAAAUCCGCCGAUGCCUCGUUUGACGCUGAGAAUACCUUCACUGGAUACGGCGACAUUUCACAUUCUGAGAUCACCUUCCUACCAAGUGCAUCCUCCGAAGUGUCGCCCGAGAAGAGAAGUCCGAGUUAUCGUCGUAAUGCAAAGAGACAACUACCUCCACCUCUUAAGAAGAAUGCGUUCUUGCGUCAGGAGCAGAUGUCUGGAGACGGUAGCAUUGCAGACGAGGCCCAAAAGGCCGUCAUAUCGAAGCCUGAAGUCGACUUUGACACCCUUUUCUCAACUCUUCGCGCAACGCGCUCGAGGAUCUACGAAGACAGACCUGCAAUGCCCUACCUAAAGUCCAUUGAAGGUAAAUCACAGAGAGUGAGGCAGGAAGACACGAACGAUGCGCGCAGUUUCCCAGAAAAGAAUUCAGGAACCUCUAGACGUGUCUCAUCCCCUCUCAGAGUCGAGCAGGUCGCGACCCGUCCGCGCCAAGGCUCGAAACCCAAUGGAACGCCAACAACACCGACCUCGCCUCAGUCAAAUAACAAACCAUCGAAACCUUGGCGCGUUGGACCACUGCCACGCAGGUCACCUCUCCCCAGGUGGGACUUGAUGGACCCUGAUGUUAUCUUAGAAGGAAUGCAUUACCGACUAAAACCAGGCUUCCAGGCUAAUUUGCCAAUGGUUUAG